GACGGCAAUCGGGCUGCUGCCGAUCGUACCAGCAGCCGAACAGGAACCCCAUCAUCAGCUGUGGUAUUGGCAGUGGACGCAGUGCAGCUGCUAGCAGUUUUAGCGGUUCGAUUGAACAACAGGCCUCGUAGCGCUGCUCAGCCUUGUUGUCACCGCCGUCGUCAUUAACGUUGGCUGGGUGGGCCCAAAGCAGGACGGCAGACAUUAAGGAUCGGCAACAGCAAUAGUCAAGAGUCGAUCCUUUGAAGUAGCAAAACAUCCGUCGCAGCCGCACGACUUCGUCACUUUCCCGGCGGACGUCGCCAGAUCACGUCGUCGCCGUUAGCAGCGCAACGUGGGCCAGUCCCAGAGCAGUCGCGCCGAACUGGGAGCUGGUACCGCGGGAUUCGGUAGGCCAUCCCCGGUAAGUCUCUUGGUGGGGAGGAUACAUACGCUACUCUGAGUAUAGGAACGAAAGAGAAGUUUGCAAACUGUGAAGUGUAUUCUGAAGGCUUCUGGUGUGACGAAGUUCGAGUGGAGGUGUCCAGGCAGUAUCACCCAGUGACGAAAUUGUGAAGUACAUAGAUUGUGGCAAUCUUUUUAUACUUCUGUAUAGGUAUACGUCUGUUAUUUAAAUCGGAGUGGAUCUGUGGAUUUGGUGAUACCCCGUUUCAUGGACUUUAUUGCCUUCCGGAGAGGUUCGUCGACUAAUUCGUCGCAGGAUGGCGAUCAGACUAAGGGUGAAACGGCCAACCUUAAGGGUACCUUACCAAAGGGUAACGUACUUCGUGCUCGUUCUCGCUGUAGGUACAAGCCACGCGCAAGCACAGGGAGCGGAUGAUUACAAUGUAUUUGUACGGGCUCUACCUCCAAAUCAGCAGCAGCAGCAGACCCAACAGAUAUAUCAGCAACCGCAACAGCUGCAUCCAUACCAACAGGUUCGAGGCCCCCACCAGUAUCAACAGUAUCAGGAACAAUAUCCCAACCAGUACUAUACCGACUACCAGGCGCCAACUGCCAGCGUUCCAGUUCAACAACAAAGACACGUACCUCAACAUCCUGUCCCACAGGAAGAUGUCGAUGACUCCGAGUAUUCAUAUGAACAACAACAACAACAACUGCAGGAGUACGAGGCGCCGACAAGUGCGGUCCGAAGUACCACAGCAACGACAACAACAUCAACAACAACAACUUCUAGACCAUCCACAACCACGACAGCCACAGAGGCCGCGACUCAGCAUCCGUUCUCGGCCACCUCUGCUAUCGAAACAUCGACGCCGGCCGUUCAGAAGAGCCAUAUGAGCGUGUCGUCAACAUCAUCGGUCGAGAACACCGAUAGACAGGGAAAAUCUGCCGGUCAAUCUGGAAAUCAGAAGCCUGUUCAGGUCGUACAAAAAACUGUGACAAAAGACAAGGAUGGAAAGAAAGAAGAAUAUGUCGUCUAUUAUUACUAUUAUUAUGAUGAUGAUAGAAAAAACGAUACCGCAAAGGAACAGCCUGUCGAUUCCCUAGACUCGUUUGACAACGUCGACAAAACGCCGUCGACUCGUUUCCAGCCUAAGACAGUUUCGAGCAGCGCGUCACUGUCGCAAUUUAGCGGUGCCACGACCUCAUCAACAGCCACACCUAGCUUGAAGGUUAAUUCGCAGGAAAGCGUAGUUACGGCAACUGCUUCAUCCACCCUAGCAGCCGUUGGUGAAUCGGCAGAUACCGACCAUAUUGUGGCUCCAUCCGGGGCCCGACUCAACUCUGACGCCGUCUCCGUUCCUUCUGGCCAACCUGCAUUAAUUUCCUCAACUUCGACAGUUACUACGUCAACGACAACUUCAACGACUACCACUACAACUACCGAGGAGCCUUCGACGACGUCCACCACCGAGGCAUCGCCUAAAAAGGGUAUUGGAAACCGCCGAACUCGUCCUCCAAGGCCUUCUGGGGGAUCUCGAAGGAGAACUACAACAACAUCCACAACAACGACUAAUGUUCCAUCAAAGAGAACUACGGUGUCGCGAAAACCACGUCCCACUAGACCAUCUCGGCUGAGCGGAGGCCGAAGAAGGCCUUCAACGGAAGCACCCAAAGAUGACACCGAAGAGAACAGAGACGAAUCUUCCACAACGACGGCUGCAUCCGAUACGGAAACGAAGCCUACCAGAAAGCGUUUCGGAGGCGGCCCGCGUCGUGGUUCAAAACGAACAACCGUCCAAGCACCGGCAGCUUCCAGUGCAGAAACCACAACCACAGCACCAACGAAGAAGCCCCUUCCCACAAGAGGAACCGCUGGCGGCCUCUUUGGAAAGGGACAGGGAAUUCGAGGACCUCGGCCAAGGCCUGGCAGAAGACCAGUGAAGAAGCAGCAAGAAGAGACAAUCGAAGCUGGUGAGGAAAAGGACAAAACAGGUCAAGAAGAGGCUCCAAAGACGGAAGCUCCUGUAGCCAGGACUGAAGAAACAAAGGUUGAGGAAACUGGCGAUGCGGAGGUGACCGAGAGUCCCGCAACAACAUCAGGACCUUCACGACCUCGACAAAGGCAACGCGGUGCGCUUUUCGCGAAUAACCGGCCUCGACCCAAUCUGCGUCGGCCCACUCCUGCAGCAGCGCCAACAGCGGCCGAGAGUUAAAUGAUAUCAUCAACACCGUCGCUACAUACGACGCGGUUGUAGGAUUGGAAAAAGCUUGAAUGAGAAAAAUCGAAAGAAUUUGAAGAUCUUGGAGGGAAAGAAAGAAAGAAAGCAAAAAUCAAGAGAUAAAGAUAAAGAAGGAGAAACAAAUAGAUACGCUACAUAUGGCCGUGUAAGCGCCUCGUUCUGCGCGAGGCGGUGACUACGGCAAUACUGAUUACCUCCAUGGGCCACCGCCGAUAGCCUAGCGCUGUGGUAGGGCAGUUCGUCGCAGCUUCCCUCUAUGUAAAUUAUUAAGUGUUGUGUCCCUGGCGCUUUUCUAUCCCUAAGAAAUAGGUGCGUCGUCUGCUCUACUGCGUUGAGCAGAGGAAAAAAAGAAGAUGUGGAAUUGGAGCGCGUUUAAAACAAUCGCUGCCACGUUCGAGGUUUUUGUGGCAUGAGGA